AUGGAGAGCGAUUCUGACGAGUCCGACUCAGACGAAGGCUCUGAGGAAGAAUCUGAAGAUGAGGGAGACCAGGAUGGAACUCGUGUCCCUACUCAAGCUAAUCCUGCUUCUCAGAUCGCUGAUGGUCUCAUGACUCCCAGCGGAAUCACGUCAGAGGCUCCUCCUGCCGGAAGUGACACCCCGAUGGAACUACGAAAGCCUCAAAAGGCUGUCGAUAUGUCCAACCCUCCUCCACUCUAUCAAGUUCUCGAGGAGAAGAAGGCGGCUGUCGGCAAGGGCAUGAUGGGUACCGAUCAUCUCUACAAUCUCAAGGCCGCUAAAGGCAGAGAAGUCGCCAUCAACCCCAAAGAUCUUGACUUGGAUCCUGCGGCGCUCGCCUCCAAGUACCAGAGUCGCUCGGCGACCUCUGGAGGCGGUGGUGGAGGCACUGGAUAUGAGGAAAAUUUAGGAGAAAGGCCUUUGCCUGAACAUUUUUGA